UUGGAAAAGCAUUUUCACCCAAGUAUGCAAGCACGUUCGAGGUUAAAGCUACUGGUAGCGGCUGGUAUCAUAUCAACUGCUUCGGCGGCGAUGCCGCCAAAAGGCAUCCACGAUGGACCUGUUGGCUUACAGGACUAUUCAUCGCUUCGGUUGGAGCACAUCGGUCGGAGAAGACACAGGGAUGACCCUCCUAAAAAGACUAUAAGCGAUACUCCUCCAACACUAACCCAGGAAAGUGCCAAGGAUGUCGACAUAUCAUCUCAACAAUUAACUAGUAUCCGCGAUGGCAUAAAGCAAGAGCAACUGCAGCGGUUGCAUAUCAACUUACAGGACGUUCCACUACUCAACCUUAUGCAAAUUAUACCACAGUUCAUGCAUCAUCUUCCCUCUAACUUGAUAAGUGCCCAGAGAUACAUCACUGAUGCGGCUUCGGCCCUAUUAAGCUUGGGGCUACAAUCGAUACUAGGCUCUCAGGUUUUCUCUGGUAUAUUAUGUACUCCGACUUCAAACGAUGCUGAAAUGGCUGUUUGUGUCAACGAAACGGUGACUAAAAUGUCACAAUUAAUUACAACGGGAACCAACAUAUUGUCGCUUAACUUUAGGGUACUUUCAGGUGGACACUUGGCCAAGGAUGCACUCGUCAGGUUAAACACUAUCGCAUCUAAUCCGCUCAAUAAGGAUAUAAUGAAAGUACUGGGUUGCACAGCUGUGCUGUAUAUAACUCUCAUGAGGGAGUCUGUCCCAGACGAAACGAAAAUACUGGCAGGCUCAAUAAUGACCCAGAUAACAUCGCUACCAAUAAUAACCGAUAUCCCGGAUACUGCCAGUGGUGGAUUCGGUCGUGUAAACGUGGUGAUACCAAGGCCAAGCAGGGUACAAAGGGCAGACUACGAUAUUGCCAAACUGAGAGCAGGGGCACAUCAACUAGACCUUCUAACCGCAACACAAUGAAUAUAUUCAGUACUACC